UCGGGGCGCGGCGGGGGCGGGGCCGCGGCGGGGCGGGCGGGCGCGCGGGCCCGCGGGGCGGCGCGUGGAUGGAUCCGCGCGUGGCCUGGAUCCAGCCGGAGCAGAAGGGGCCGGCCAAUGCCCUGUGGAUGCAGAUCUGGGAGACCUCGCAGGGCGUGGGCCGCGGCGGCUCGGGCUUCGCGUCCUACUUCUGCCUCAACUCACCCGCGCUGGACACGGCGGUCGCGGCGGGGGCGGCGGGGCCGGGCGGCGGCCCGGCGGCGCCCGCGGCGCCCCCACCGCCCGCGCCCGGCCCCGCCGCGCUGCCCCCCGCGCUGCUGACGGCGCUCGGGCCCGCAGCCGAGGGCGCCAGGCGCCUGCACAAGUCGCCGUCGCUGUCGUCGUCGUCGUCGUCCUCGUCGAACGCCGAGUCGGGCACCGAGAGCCCGGGCUGCUCGUCGUCGUCCUCGAGCAGCGCCUCGCUCGGCCGGGCGGGCGGCGGCCGCGGCGGCGCCUUCUUCCGCUUCGCCGACGGCCCGCCGAGCGCCCCCGGCGCGGCCAACGGGCACCCCGCGCCGCGCGGCCCCGCGCCCGCCGGCUCCCCGCCGCAGCACCAGUUCCACCCGGGCCGCCGGAAACGCGAGAACAAGGCGAGCACCUACGGCCUCAACUACCUGCUGUCGGGCAGCCGCGCGGCCGCGCUGAGCGGAGGGGGCGGCCCCGGACCCCAGGCGCCGCGGCCCGGCACGCCGUGGAAGAGCCGCGCGUACAGCCCCGGCAUCCAGGGACUUCAUGAGGAAAUCAUUGACUUUUAUAACUUCAUGUCCCCUUGUCCUGAAGAAGCAGCCAUGCGACGGGAGGUGGUGAAGCGGAUCGAAACUGUGGUUAAAGACCUUUGGCCAGCGGCUGACGUACAGAUCUUUGGCAGCUUUAGUACAGGCCUUUAUCUCCCAACCAGUGACAUCGACUUAGUGGUCUUUGGAAAGUGGGAGCGUCCUCCUCUGCAGCUGUUGGAGCAAGCUCUGCGGAAGCACAAUGUGGCCGAGCCGUGCUCCAUCAAAGUCCUUGACAAAGCUACAGUACCUAUAAUAAAACUCACGGACCAGGAGACUGAAGUUAAAGUCGACAUCAGCUUUAACAUGGAGACUGGGGUCCGGGCUGCGGAGCUCAUCAAGAAUUACAUGAAGAAAUAUUCAUUGCUGCCUUACUUGAUUUUAGUAUUGAAACAGUUCCUCCUGCAGAGGGACCUGAAUGAAGUUUUUACAGGUGGAAUUAGCUCCUACAGCCUAAUUUUAAUGGCCAUUAGCUUUCUACAGUUGCAUCCGCGAAUUGAUGCCCGGAGAGCUGAUGAAAACCUUGGAAUGCUUCUUGUAGAAUUUUUUGAACUCUACGGAAGAAAUUUUAAUUACUUGAAAACCGGUAUUAGAAUAAAAGAAGGAGGUGCCUAUAUCGCCAAAGAAGAGAUCAUGAAAGCCAUGACCAGUGGGUACAGACCAUCAAUGCUGUGCAUUGAGGACCCUCUGCUCCCUGGAAACGAUGUUGGCCGCAGUUCGUACGGGGCCAUGCAGGUGAAGCAGGUGUUUGACUACGCCUACAUUGUUCUCAGCCACGCUGUGUCGCCCCUCGCGAGGUCCUACCCCAACAGAGACUCUGAAAGUACUCUAGGAAGAAUCAUCAAAGUGACUCAGGAAGUGAUCGACUACCGGAGGUGGAUCAAGGAGAAGUGGGGCGGCAAGGCCCCCCCGGCGCCCGAGCUUGACAACAGAAUUAAGAUAAAGGAGCGAAUAAGUUCAUGUGAGGGGGAUCCGCCCCCGCGCCGAGACCCGGAGUCCCCCUACAGCCAGCGCCUGACCUUGUCUCUGCCCAGCCCCCAGCUGCUCUCGUCCGGCUCGUCCGCCUCCUCCGUGUCUUCGCUUUCCGGGAGUGACAUUGAUUCUGACACGCCGCCCUGCACAACACCCAACGUUUACCAGUUCAGUCUGCAGGCACCAACUCCCCUGCUGGCCAGCCUACCCACCGCCUUGCCCGUGCCGAGCGGCAAAGCUCAGUCCGCUCCUUCCAGAACGUUGGUCAUGACGACUAACACUCAGACCAGGUUUACGAUACCUCCACCGACCCUGGGGGUGGCCCCCGUCCCGUGCAGACAAGUUGGCGUUGAAGGAGCUCCGGCGUUGAAAGCUGUUCACCACAUGUCUUCCGCGGCCGUUCCGUCCGCAUCUCCCAACCCGCUCUCGAGCCCUCACCUGUAUCACAAGCAGCACAGCGGCGUGAAGCUGUCCCUGAAAGGCUCGCACAGCCACGGCCAGCCUGGCACGUACAGCUCUGUGGGCAGUGGAGGCGUGCGGCCCCCCGUGGGCAACCGGGGGCACCACCAGUACAACCGCGCCGGCUGGAGGAGGAAAAAGCACACGCACACGCGGGACAGCCUGCCCGUCAGCCUGAGCAGAUAAUGGCCCCGAUGGCGCCGCCGGCCUCCCUGCUCCUGCACAGACUCGGCCGGGCGGCCUCGGCGCCCAGCCCGGAGCGGAGACCAGCACCCAGCACGUCGGCCCGGGCCCCGCGGACCGCCCGCCGCUGAUCACUCUGCAUGUUCCUUGUGUGGUGGUCGCGCCCAUCUUCAAGAACAGCUCCUUGUGCUCAUCUGUGAAGCCUUAGGAAGCGUGGACGCUGUGUCUGCCUUCCUGGGCUUCUUCCCUCCAGUGCCGGACGGAGCAGGUCUGGACCGGGGACUGCGGGCGGGUUCGGACCGGGCGCCGGCCGCGGCGCUUCUCGGCAGCAGGUCUGGGUCCUUUGCGGUCGGGGUGUGUUCGUGGCUCGCCCGCCAGAGCAGCAGAGACCAGCCCCCGUUCUCGUUCCUUCCCCAGCGGGGGGGCUUGGGAGGUCGCCAUUGUGUCACUGCCCUCACCUUUUGUUUCGGAUUUCAGAACUGUUUUUCUAUGUAAAUACUGAAAACUUAUGAUUUGUGCAAUAACUCAGAUAUUUUUAUUUAAUUCAUAUUUUCACAUAAGUUAUAUUUAAGGGAGGAGGUUUUUUAAACAAGCGUAGGUCCUUUCCCGAGUCGCAUUUUCUAAGUUGGGUUCAUCGUGCCGGCUGGUUGUCUGAGGAGCACCGCUACCAACACCGGGAGUGAGGGGCUCGGGGUUUCCUUUUGUGUUUUCCUUUGGGUCAGACACGAGGCCUCUCCGUCCGUGGCGGGGGAGCCAAGUUCCCUGCAGGGGCUCGGCUCCCGAGCCUUCUGACCAGCUGCCCGCCGGCCCUGCCGUCCGGCCUGUCUGUUGUCUCGCUCUGACCGCAGAGCUUUAAGGUUUUGGUUUUCGGUUCUUUUAAAGUAGACAACAAAUCCAGCAUUUAAAGUGCCAGAAGUAAAACUUUCUAAGGGGAGAAAGGGUUGUCACGUUAUAAAAUCUUAAAAAAAAAAAAAAAAAAGGUGAACUCUCAAGUGCUUCAGUCCGUUUUAGUCACACAGCCUGUCAGGAGGGGUCCGGUGAAUAUCAGCACGGACAAGGGCACCCAGUUUUAGGAAUGUGGAGAAAGGAAUUAUGUUGAUUCCGUGGAGGAAUCUGUAUAGCGGUAUGCAUUCGUUCUGUUAAGAGCAAAUCUACAAGAAGUCCUUGAGCUGCUCAGUGCACCGUGGGGAGUUUCGUGGCGCAUCGCGGGAGAGCCCGGCGCGGGGUGGGGCCGGAGCAGCGGGUGCCCCCCUCGAGAAGCAUCCAGGUACACUAUGCAAGUGCUGUCCGCCAUGGCCACCUCUGUCCUACACCCAUCCUGCCCGUCCCUGAGUUUCCGGAGUGCCACAGUUGUCCUGGUGUUAGUUGCAUCUCAUAGGUCAUCUGACCUCCCGUUUUUAAAAUGGGGGGUUCUGGCCCUGCUGAACACUACAGGUAGGUUGGUCUUUGAAGUCCACUAGUGGAGAAGGUCCAGUCGAGAGACUUAUCUACCAUGACACCUGAUGGAAGUGCAGAGCGGGGAGCCUGGAGUGCGGCCUGGGGGCGGCGUCCCGGCCCCCGGGACCUGCCCCCCCCCGCCCCCCAGCACCGUCGCGGCUGCCGGCCACGGCUUCUCCGGGGGGCCUUCCAGAAGAGAGUAGCACAUGUUGUCUGCAGUUCUUGAUGAUCGAAAGUUAUCAAAAAUAUUUAAAGAUAUUUAAAUUGUGAAUCUAUUGAUAAAGAAAUAUUUAUAAAAACUGAUAAGUAGGCCUGUACUAAUCUCCACACAUUAGCAAUAUUGACUGUCACCCUACAUCUAGGAACCACUGCGGGGCAUGGGUCCCGCGGGGAUGCAUUUUAAAGCUCGAUUCACAGACACAGGCGCCAUGCUCCAUCCCCGUCAUGGUGAACGAAUGAAUUGGCCUGGCUACCACGGUGGUCACGCGCUACAGGUUGAACAAAACGAUAUCAUGUUUCGAUUUUUUUGUGUGUGUGGACAACAAUGUGGAAGCUAAAAUUGACAUAUUUUUAUGUAAAGUUUUUCUAUUCUUUGAUUUUUAAUAAACUUUGGAAACCA